CGGCGCUUUAAGCUACCGGCCUCCGCAUCGAUCCGGAUGAGACCCGGCGCCCUCUGGUGACGCAAGCACCGCGCCGGAAGUGCGGCCCGACAGCUUCCGGGCUCUGUCAUGGCGGCUGCUGUGGCUCGUUGGAACCAUGUGUGGGUCGGCACCGAGACUGGGAUCCUGAAAGGGGUGAACCUUCAGCGAAAACAGGCGACGAACUUCACGGCCGCGGGACAGCCGCGGCGCGAGGAGGCAGUGAGCGUCCUGUGCUGGGGCGCGGGCGGCGAGACCCAAAUCCUGGUGGGCUGCGCGGACGGGACGGUGAAGCGCUUCGGAACCGAGGAAGGUGUAUUCCAGGGACAGAGGCACUGUCCCGGCGGGGAGGGCACGUUCCGGGGCCUCGCCCAGGCCGACGACACCCUCAUCACAUGUGUGGAUUCUGGGAUCCUCAGAGUCUGGCGUGACAACGACAAGGAGGCCCCCUCUGACCCGCUCCUGGAACUGAGGGUAGGCCCUGGGGUGUGUAGGAUGCGCCAAGACCCAGCUCGCCCCCAUGUGGUUGCCACAGGUGGGAAGGAGAAUGCUCUGAAGGUGUGGGACCUGCAGGGGUCUGAGGAACCCGUGUUCAGGGCCAAGAAUGUACGGAAUGACUGGCUUGACCUGCGUGUUCCCAUCUGGGACCAGGACAUACAGUUCCUCCCUGGGUCACAGAAGCUUGUCACUUGCACAGGGUACCACCAGGUCCGUGUCUACGACCCAGCCUCCCCCCAGCGCCGGCCAGUCCUGGAGACCACCUAUGGAGAGUACCCGCUGACAGCCAUGACCCUCACUCCUGAGGGCAAUUCUGUGAUUGUGGGAAACACUCACGGGCAGCUGGCAGAGAUCGACUUUCGGCAAGGGCGCCUGCUGGGCUGUCUCAAGGGACUGGCGGGCAGUGUUCGGGGGUUGCAGUGCCACCCUUCAAAACCCUUACUGGCCUCCUGUGGCUUGGACAGAGUCUUAAGGAUACACAGGAUCCGGAAUCCUCGAGGCCUGGAGCACAAGGUUUAUCUCAAGUCUCGACUGAACUGCCUGCUGCUGUCAGGCAGGGAUAACUGGGAGGAUGAACCCCAAGAGCCUCAGGAGCCCAGUGAGCUGCCCUCAGAAGACAGGGAGACGGAUGAACUUUGGGCAUCUUUGGAGGCAGCCGCCAAGCGCAAACUCCCUGAUUUGGAGCCGGCGCAAGGGGCUCUCCGAACCAGACGGAGAAAAAAGAAGCGCGCUGGCUCCACCAGCCCUUGAAGACCCUGUGCCCAUUUUGUAAAUAAACAACUCAAUACCCACA